AUGGCGGCGGCGGGCCGGUGGCGGGCCGGGCUGGCGCUGCUGGCGGUGGUGCUGGGGCUGGGCGGGCCGCGGGCUGAGCAGACGGAGGAGCACCUCAAGCGGGAGCACUCCCUCUCCAAGCCGUACCAGGGCGUGGGCUCGGCCAGCUCGGGGCUGUGGGACCUGCUGGGCAACGCCAUGGUCAUGACCCAGUACAUCCGCCUCACUCCCGACGUGCAGAGCAAGCAGGGAGCCGUCUGGAACCGAGUGCCGUGUUACCUCCGAGACUGGGAGAUGCAGGUGCAUUUUAAAAUCCACGGGCAAGGCAAGAAAAACCUGAACGGGGACGGCUUUGCCAUCUGGUACACCAAAGAUCGCAUGCAGCCAGGACCUGUCUUUGGAAGCAAGGAUAACUUCCUGGGCCUGGGAGUGUUCGUGGACACCUACCCCAACGAGGAGAAGCAGCAGGAGGCUCAGAAGAGGAGGUACAGCCCGGGAAAUCAGCGUGUCUUCCCCUACAUCUCGGCCAUGGUGAACAACGGCUCUCUCACCUACGACCACGACCGGGACGGGAGACCGACGGAGCUGGGGGGCUGCACGGCCAUGGUGCGCAACCUCAACCACGACACCUUCCUGGUGAUCCGCUACGUGAAGAGGAGACUGACGGUUUUGAUCGAUAUUGACGGUAAGCACGAGUGGCGAGACUGCAUCGACGUGCCGGGCGUGCGUUUGCCCCGCGGGUACUACUUUGGGACCUCUUCUGUCACCGGAGACCUGUCAGACAACCACGACAUUAUUUCGCUGAAGCUUUACCAGCUGACAGUGGAGCGGACGCCGGAGGAAGAGAAGCGGGACAGAGAAGUGUAUCUGCCGGUUGUGGACAACUUGAAGCUGCCGGGAAUGGAGGCACCGCUGGAGCCCAUGAGUGGCCUGGCUCUCUUCUUAAUUGUCUUCUUCUCCCUUGUUGCCAUCGUUUUUGCUAUCGUCAUCGGAGUCAUCGUCUACAACAAGUGGCAGGAGCAGAGCCGGAAACACUUCUAUUGACUUGGGAACCCCCCCGGGAUGGCCCGUUGCUAGUCCUUGCUAGCCACAUAUUGACUCCCACCCGUCCCAGACCAGCCAGAGCGUGAUGGACCGACCCUCACGGCAGGGACCCUCGUGUCCCCCUGAAAGCCCCAGCGGGGACGGCUGCUGUUUCUUACCGGGCUCCAGAACUCUACGCUGCUUCCGGUGGGAGCAGGGGGAUCCCCAGCGUGACGUGCGAUGGACUGGGAGCCGGGCGCCGCGUGGAUGGACUUGCUGUCCCCUGAAGGAGCUUUGCUUUGUGAGUUGUUUAGGAGGACGGGCUGUGCCGUGGGGCACCGGCAGUGCUGAACCAACUCUCUGCCGCCUGGGGAGCCUGAAGGUGGGCAGAAGUUGCCACCUCGGCUGCGAAAUCCCGGCUGAGGGACACCAGCGAGCGCCUGCUUUCCUCGCCAGACUCCUCCAAUAACCCCUUGAAGCGUUACCGUAACCCUCGCAACCCCUUGUCUCAAGCGAUUUAAUUUCCAGGAGGGAUUUCCAUCCCACUCCGGCUGCUUUCCAUCACCUGCCCUUAGGCUGUCUUUGGAGACCAGACCGCUUUUCUUUGUACUUUGAAUUCCCCCGCUGCCGUGCAACACUUCUCCGUCCUGCUAGCCACCGAGGUUGGGUGUUUCGGGGCAGGGGAUGCCGAUGGUUUUCCCCGGUGGCAAGGCAGGUCAAGCUGGGAACCUGCCUGGCUGCCGGGCUCGCCCCUUGGGGAGCAGCCGGUCCCCUCCGAAGCUGACCUGGGGCAGCCCCUCACUGCCAGACCCCUUCCCGGUUCGGGGUGUAAUGCUGGGUUCCCCCUUUUUAAUGACCGUUUGCUGCUGCGUCUCGGGGCUCAGCCCCUCUCCCCCCUCCGUAGGGCUGCCGCCGAUCACGCCACCGCCUCCGCACGCCUCCCGUCCCGGCGCGGCCUCCUGCACCGGUGCUGUUUGCAUGUCAUGUCGUGGCUUCUGGCAGCUUUUCCCCUCGGUGCUCGCUGCAUCCCGGGGCCCCUCCGAGGAGGAGCUGAGCCUCGUGGGGUGAUUCCCCUGCCUCUCGGAGCCGGAGCCCUCGCUGCCUUUCAGGGAGUCGUAGUUUAUUCCUACCUCAGUCGGUGACUGCUUUUGGUCAAUGAUUUCUCUGCGUUUCUCUUGCCGGUUGUCGCAGCCGCCUUUGUCCCCGGGGACCUCGUCGGUCCUUCACAAGGUGAUGGCAUGAAGGGGCGCGGGGUCCCUGGAGGGACCCAGGAGAGGGAGAUAUUAGGUCAGUUUGUCCCCGGGGGAGUCUUAGUGGCUCUGGGGACAUCAAGAUGGCAAAUUUGCCGCCCCGUUGGUGGCAGCAGCCUCCUCACCGGUGUCUUGGGGAGCUGUGUCCUCGCCCCACUGCUUUCCAGGACACUCGCACCCGGGAUGGAUCCCCAGGAGGGUCCCAGUGGUGCCCAGGGGAGACACACACGCAUGGUUGGCGUUCUUCUGGUGGGAUGCUGUCGCCGGGGUGGGUGGGAGCUUUUUUCUAAGUGCCCAACGGUGGUUGUGGCGUGGAAGGAGAGGUUUUUUUUCUGGUGUUUUGCCUCUUUUUGCCUGAUAACCAGGAGCAAAACGUGCGUGCCUCUCCCUGGAGCUGUAACUGGUGUCUCAGA